AUGUACCAACAUGGUCUGGUAAAGCAAGAAGAUUCCGAUGGUGUCUCCCUUGUUCACACUGCAGAUAUCUCUUUCAAGGCAUCGCCUACGCCCAAGUUGGGUGGCACUGCCACUGCUGCCUCUGGUCUCAGUGCAGGAAGCGGUGGGAAGCCACACAAAUGCCCCUCCUGCACAAAGGCUUUUUCCCGCUCUGACGAGUUGACUCGUCAUGUUCGAAUUCAUACUGGUGCCAAGCCCUUUCAAUGUCCACAAUGCAUGCGCGAGUUCAGUCGAUCCGAUCAUUUAACUACGCAUUUACGGACUCAUACGGGUGAAAAACCUUUCGCUUGUCCUAUUUGUCAACGUCGAUUUGCGCGCUCAGAUGAACGCAAAAGGCAUACUAAGGUACAUGAGAAGCCAAUAGGAAUGUCCUCUACUGUUAGCGGUGGCAGCGGUGGGGGCCCGGGACAUUUGGCCCCGACUUGUAGGUCUCGACAUCGGACCUCAAUGGCUCGAGCCUUUAGAGAAGCACCUGAUCCACACGGGGUCUCCAGUGGAUUUCGAAUUGGUGUCGUAUCAUCCCGACGGAACUCAUUGCUUGCCGAUCCUUUUGGCAACCAGGGAGUACUUGAGGCAGGCUUAAAACCGGAGGACAAUUUUGGAACAGAGGCGGUUGGAGCGGGCCAGCCCAAGCGAUUGUCUGCUGGUGACAAACGAACCGCUGCACUUGCUCUGGCCCCUUGUUCCUCCUCAAUAUUAGGAUUGUCUGCGAGGCGUUUGGCUCUUGUAAGAUCAGCCAUUUCUCCAGUGAUCUCUGGUUCAGACUCCUUAGAAGUCGGAAAUGCUGCUGAUGAGGUCUCUGGCGGCGGACGGACGAUCGAGGAUGGAGAGGCUGAGGGCGAAGGCGAAAAAGUUACAAGGGAUACAAGUUGUCCUGGUUUGAUGGUCGAGGCGACAAACCCACGUGAGCGCCUGGCUUCCAGACGCCUUCUGAUUAAGGCCGCGACAGCAGCUUCUGCCGACACGCACAGUUCAACUAAAAGUCUUUUCUUCCUGCCUACUCAGGUACAUUCACCUGAAGCUCAAGCAAACGUCGGGGGAAUGGCGGAAACCACGGCUGUGAGCCUUUACUUCUUUAUAAAUAACUAA